CGAGCAGUGUCUAGAGAGGGUCACGCACGAAAGAACCUCUCCACCAACAACCCAACCCACCAACAAGAGACUCCCCCUUCGUUUCUUCUUUCUUACGACUACGAGUACGAUACUACAAUGGCUGAGUUUAUCCGAGCGCAGAUCUUUGGAACGUGUUUUGAGAUUACGAGUCGCUACGUCGACCUCCAACCCGUCGGCAUGGGUGCCUUCGGUCUCGUCUGCUCCGCCAAAGACCAACUAACAAACCAACCCGUCGCCAUCAAAAAGAUCAUGAAGCCCUUCUCCACCCCCGUCCUCUCCAAACGCACCUACCGCGAACUCAAACUUCUCAAACACCUCCAACACGAAAACAUCAUCUCCCUCUCCGACAUCUUCAUUUCCCCUCUCGAGGACAUUUACUUCGUCACUGAGUUGUUGGGAACGGAUUUGCAUCGGUUGUUGACGAGUCGGCCGUUGGAGAAGCAGUUUAUACAGUACUUCCUGUAUCAGAUCUUGAGGGGGUUGAAGUAUGUGCAUUCGGCGGGUGUUGUGCAUCGGGAUUUGAAGCCCAGUAAUAUUUUGGUGAACGAGAACUGUGAUUUGAAGAUCUGUGACUUUGGUCUUGCCCGAAUCCAGGACCCCCAAAUGACCGGUUACGUCUCCACUCGUUACUACCGCGCUCCCGAAAUCAUGCUCACCUGGCAAAAAUACGACGUCGAAGUCGACAUCUGGUCCGCUGGAUGUAUCUUCGCCGAGAUGCUGGAGGGCAAGCCUUUGUUCCCUGGUAAGGACCACGUCAACCAGUUCUCGAUCAUUACCGAGUUGCUUGGUACCCCGCCGGAUGAUGUUAUUCAGACGAUUUGCUCGGAGAACACUUUGAGAUUCGUUCAAUCUCUGCCAAAGCGCGAACGCGUCCCCUUCUCCCAAAAAUUCCGCAACGCAGACCCCCUCGCCAUCGACCUCCUCGAAAAGAUGCUCGUCUUCGACCCCCGCAAGCGUAUCUCUGCCGCUGAAGCCUUGGCGCACGAGUACCUCGCUCCCUACCAUGACCCCACUGACGAGCCCGCCGCGGAACAGAAAUUCGACUGGAGCUUCAACGAUGCGGAUUUGCCGGUUGAUACAUGGAAGGUCAUGAUGUACUCGGAGAUUUUGGAUUUCCAUAAUGUGGAUCAGACUGUUGAGGAGGGUGAGGCUUCUGGGCAGUUGGCUGGGCCGCAGUAAGCGCUGCUCAAAGUAGAAU